AUGAGCUCUCUGGACCAAUCAGGGACGGACGAGUGGCUGCCAGUGGAGGUGGAGCAUCAGGACGACUUUGCCGCCCUCAUGACCGCCGUCCACGCCGCCCGCACCAGCCGCCUCGUUGCCUCGGGAUCGUCUCUCAUGGAACAAGCUCAGGGCCUCACUGCCCCGCCUGCUGCCUGGGGGCAAGAGCUGCCCCGGCUGUCACGACUGCGGGUACGGCUGGCCGAGGAGCUGGAGCUGAGGAAGAGGCUGCAGCAGCUGGUGGUGGCGAGGAGGUGCGAAGAUGAAGAGGAAGGAUGA